CCCCCCCUUCCUGAUCGCUCCCUGAAAAGGGGGCGCACCGAAGACACUUUCCUGCUUAACACACCAAAGCCGACAUUCCCAAAGUACCAUGUUAUCCACAGCCAGAACGAAAAGAAGACAGUCCGAGCGAUUUCACCCUUCCUCGUGUCGAAAACUCUCACAGAAGCAAUAGGCCCAGGUUAUAAAGUGACAAAGAUGGGAAGUGGCGAUCUUCUUCUGGAGGUUCGUGACAAAGCUCAGUAUGAGAAGCUGUCUAAACUUGUAGCGUUUGGGGAAACCCCUGUUUCGGUGGGCCCACACAGGUCAAUGAACACUGUCCGUGGCGUAAUUUCCGAUGAUGAUCUUACUGAACUCUCUGAAAGUGAACUGCUCGAAGGUUGGCAGGACCAGAACGUGGUCAAAGUCCAACGAAUAAUAAUAAGGCGCAACAACAAACAGACCCCUACAAAACACGUAAUAAUUACCUUCGGAACCAGUGACCUACCAGAAUCAAUCGAAACCGGCUAUUGUAAGCUCCGUGUAAGACCAUACAUCCCCAACCCUCGUCGAUGUUUCAAGUGUCAACGUUUCGGUCAUGGAUCGCAGAGUUGCAGAGGGCGUGCCACUUGCGCAAAGUGUGCAUCCAUCCAACACAUAUCCGACGACUGCACCUCAGAAACAACUCAUUGUUCGAACUGUGAAGGAGAUCACGCUGCCUACUCACGAUCAUGCCCCACAUGGAAAAAAGAGAAACAAAUAGUAGAACUUAAGGUCAAAUUCAAUCUGUCAUUCCAAGAAGCACGUCAACGUUUCGCACUACACAACCCAUCCUAUCCCUCCUUCGCAGAUGUGACGCGCCGGGGCGCCGCGCCACAUGUUUCUGCACCCGCGAAUGUCACACAGAGUGUGGCCGCGGUCGUGCCACCAGCGCCCCCGGCUGGAGCAGCCUGUACUGCUCCGCCACCUGACAAACAGGGUCGGCAGACCCCCGUGUCUGCUGAACCUCGGACCACUGCAAGCGCAGCUAGGUCCGAAAGUUCUGUGACCGUGCCUGCCGAGCAGGCACCAUCCGCCACCUCACAAGAGGUGAUGGAUACAAGUCCCACUCCUCCGGCGCCUGAGACGCCGAAGGAGAGGCGCAGCUCCUUGGAGCGCACUAAAAAAGAAAGACUGCGCAUUACAGGGCCCCCUAAGGACCCUGUAAUCUAAGGCAACACUUUUUUGUACACACAGCACCGCACAACCUAAAAAUGACACAAAUAUUACAGUGGAACGUCAGAGGACUGCUGAAAAAUCUCGACGACAUUCAAGAACUUUUACACAAACAUACACCAAAAGUGCUGUGUGUACAAGAGACACACUUGAAACCUAAACACACAAACUUUCUACGCCAUUACGUUACGUUUCGAAAGGAUCGGAGCGAUGCAGUCGCAUCAUCCGGUGGUGUUGCCAUUGUUGUGAAUCCAGGAACUGCUUGUACACAUUUACCACUUCAGACGUCUCUUGAGGCAGUAGCCGUCCGAGCCGUUAUCUUGAACAAACUGGUCACAAUUUGCUCUAUUUAUAUACCUCCUCAGCACCAACUUAGUAAACGAGAAUUCCAGGCAUUAAUUGAUGAACUUCCAGAACCGUAUCUUCUCCUUGGAGAUUUUAACGCACAUAGCAGUCUGUGGGGUGACUCGCGCUGCGAUGCGCGUGGUCGUCUGAUUGAACAGUUCCUUUUCUCCUCUGGUGCAUGUCUUCUCAAUAGGAAAGAGGCAACAUAUUAUAGCCUCGCUAACAAUACCUAUUCGUCAAUCGACCUAAGCAUUGUAUCUCCAUCGCUCCUUCCCCUACUCCACUGGAAAGUCAUCAAUAAUCCUUUUGGAAGUGACCACUAUCCUGUAGUUCUGAGCUCAGCAGUACAAAAUGAAUGCCCUCCACAAGUUCCCAAAUGGCUGAUAGAAAAAGCCGAUUGGGACCAGUUUUACAAGGCUGCUAGCUUAAGUUGGACUGACAUAUGCGGUUCUAGCUUA